AUGGAAGGCGACUACUCAGAGCGGCCCACGCCACAUAUCGAAGAACUUCCAGGCGCUUGGCCAGAAACGCCAGCGUCUAACCUUCGCCAGCAAUCAUAUCUUGGUUCGGCACGGCAACCAUCCACAACUAAUGUCGGAAGAGCCUCUGGACUAAAUGUGGUUACAAAUGCCCAGGACCAAGGCCACGGACAUACUCUACGGUCUGAGGUUACCACAGCCGUUCCUACGCCAACAGAGCAACAUACAGCCCAAUCGGCAGCACUCGACGCUGAUGCAGAGGAAGACAAAAGAGAGAUGGAAGAAUCAGCUUCAGACGAUGAAGAAGACAAAGAAGGAGGCUUUGCGCCAAUCAAGUCGGCGCCAAGCCAACCUGCAAAGAAGCCGAAUCCGAGCAGGGCGAUGACUGAAGAAGACCUCUUCAAGGUCCUGUCUCGUCGUCGCACCGACCAAUCCGGUCGGCAAGGAUCAAUUUCGACGGCGGCCUCAGGUCACGAUGAAGAACAGGAGGAAAUAAAUCGCCUGAUGUCUCGUAUGUUCGGACAGUCCCGCCAGCAGUCUUCCGAAGAGGAAAAGACAAGACACCUUGGUGUGGUGUUCAAAGGCCUCACUGUUAAGGGUAUGGGUCUUGGUGCUGCUCUCCAGCCUACAAAUGGAGAUUUGUUUUUGGCUCUACCCCGGUUUCUGAAGAACCUUCUCACCAGAGGUCCCAGACAAGCAGCUGGCAAACCUCCCAUCAGGACCAUUCUUGACAACUUUUCCGGAUGCAUAAAGCCUGCAGAAAUGCUUCUGGUUCUUGGAAGACCCGGUGCUGGUUGCUCUACAUUCCUUAAGGUCCUCGGAAAUCAACGAUUCGGUUAUGAAGCCAUUGAUGGGGAUGUCCUAUAUGGUGGGACGUCUGCCAAAGAAAUGGCCAAUAAGUAUCGCAGUGAAAUAAUUUACACGCCGGAGGACGACUUGCACUACGCUACACUCAAAGUGAAAAAUACGCUCCAAUUCGCUCUCAAGACAAAAACACCUGGAAAAGACUCGAGAAAAGAAGGCGAGUCCAAAUCGGACUAUGUCAAAGAAUUUCUCCGUGUCGUCAGCAAGUUGUUCUGGAUUGAACAUACUAUGAAUACGAAAGUUGGAAAUGAGUUCGUACGGGGUGUCUCUGGUGGAGAAAAGAAGCGUGUCAGCAUUGCAGAGGCCAUGAUCACAAAGGCCUCUGUUCAGUGCUGGGAUAAUAGCACGAAAGGAUUGGACUCAUCUACAGCGCUCGAAUAUGCGCAAAGCUUGCGAUCGUUGACAAACAUGGCUCGCGUCUCCACAUCCGUCGCGCUCUACCAAGCGGGAGAGAGUUUGUACAAUCUUUUCGACAAGGUCAUUGUCAUCCAUGAAGGUAAAUGCUGUUACUUCGGUCCCAUCGACACCGCAACGGAGUACUUCAAAUCCCUGGGAUUCCAUCAACCCAAACGAUGGACGAGCGCCGAUUUCUUGACUUCCGUCACGGAUGAGAACGAACGGCACAUCAGAGAAGGCUGGGAGAACCGUAUUCCAAGAUCUCCUGAACAGUUCGGAGAAGCCUUCCUGAAGAGCGAGCGGCACAAGGAGAACCUUCGAGAGAUCGAGGAGUUCGAACAGGAGACUCAACGAUUGGUUGAGGAACGCCGCCAGUCUCAAACCAAAGCCACCAAGAAGAAGAACUACACCAUUUCUUUUCCCCAACAGAUUGCUGCUUGCACCAAACGCCAGUUCCUGGUGAUGAUUGGAGACAAACAAUCACUGGUCGGCAAAUGGGGCGGCAUCCUCUUUCAAGCUCUGAUCGUAGGAAGCUUGUUCUAUAAUCAGCCCAAGACCAGCUCCGGUGUAUUCACCCGUGGCGGUGUACUUUUCUUUGCACUUUUGUUUAAUGCCCUGCUGGCUCUGGCAGAACUCACAGCCUCCUUUGAGAGUCGGCCCAUCCUCCUCAAGCACAAGUCGUUCUCAUUCUACCGGCCAGCGGCAUAUGCUAUCGCUCAAGCUGUCUGCGAUGUUCCAUUAAUUCUAAUUCAGGUUACCAUAUUCGAUGUGGUAGUAUACUUCAUGAGCAAUUUGCAGAGGACGGCUUCGCAGUUUUUUAUCUCCCUUCUAUUCCUCUACGUUUUAACCUCCACCAUGUAUAGUUUUUUCCGUGCUAUUGGAGCACUUGUCGGGUCGUUGGAUGUCGCAACACGUAUCACUGGUGUCGCGAUACAAGCCUUGGUCGUAUACUCAGGAUACUUAAUUCCGACAAAGAAGAUGCAUCCCUGGUUUUCUUGGAUUCGAUGGAUCAAUCCGGUCCAGUACGGAUUCGAAGGAUUGAUGUCAAAUGAGUUUUACAAUCUGGACAUCAUUUGCGAGCCUCCAUACUUAAUACCUUUCGGCGUUCCUGGUGCGACUCCGGAGUACCAAGCUUGUUCCCUCCAAGGAAGCAGACCGGGGUCGACGACCGUCAGUGGCGCCGACUACAUCUCUGUCGCUUACACCUAUUCUCGUUCUCAUCUUUGGAGAAAUUUCGGAAUUAUUUGCGGAAUGUGGUUUUUCUUUAUCUUUCUCACUGCCGUAGGGAUGGAGCGACAAAAACCAAACAAAGGAGGAGGGAGUGUUACUAUUUACAAAAGAGGUCAGGCACCAUCAGCCGUCAAGACCGCCAUGGAAACAGGCAACCAACCCAGGGACGAGGAAACUGGAAAAGAACAAGCCGCAGGAACCGAUCAAUCGAGAGACGCCACCUCAUCGGAAGACGAGAAGACAAAUAUGAAAGGAGUUGCCAAAAACGACACCAUCUUCACUUGGCAGAACGUCACUUAUACUAUCCCGUAUGAGAAUGGGGAGCGGAAGCUGCUGCAAAAUGUUCAAGGUUACGUGAAGCCGGGGAAACUAACUGCACUGAUGGGAGCUUCUGGCGCGGGCAAAACGACUCUACUCAAUACUUUAGCGCAACGCAUUCGGUUUGGUGUUAUCACAGGCGAUUUCCUUGUUGAUGGAAAACCACUCCCUCACUCCUUCCAGAGAAGUACUGGUUUCGCUGAGCAGAUGGACAUCCACGAAUCCACCUCGACGGUGAGAGAAGCACUCCGUUUCUCAGCAAAGUUACGGCAACCGAAGGAAGUUUCUUUGAAGGAGAAGUACGAAUAUGUCGAGACCGUCAUUGAUCUCUUGGAAAUGCGAGAAAUCGCUGGAGCCACGAUUGGAAAGACUGGAUCUGGUCUGAACCAGGAACAGCGCAAACGAGUAACCAUUGGCGUUGAGCUUGCCAGUAAACCUGAGCUCUUGAUGUUCCUGGACGAGCCAACAUCUGGAUUGGAUUCCGGCGCAGCUUUCAACAUUGUGCGCUUCCUCCGCAAGCUCGCCGACGCCGGUCAGGCAAUCCUUUGCACGAUCCAUCAGCCGAGUUCUGUUCUCUUCGAACACUUCGACCAACUUUUACUCCUCAAAUCCGGCGGCAGGAUGGUAUACUUCGGCGAGCUCGGCCAUGACAGCAAGAAACUCUUGAAUUACCUUGAACGCAACGGCGGGAAGAGGUGUCCUCCACAGAGCAACCCAGCCGAGCAUAUGUUGGAGACUAUCGGUGCUGGAAACCCUGACUACAAAGGCCAGGACUGGGGUGAUGUCUGGGAGAAGUCGCCUGAAAACGAUGAGUUGACCAGAGAGAUUCAACAAUUGGCCAAGGACCGUCGCAGCAGGAGCACGAAAGAGUCUGUUAAGGAUGACAGAGAGUAUGCCAUGCCGCUGAUGACGCAGACAAUAACCGUGGUCGUCCGGAGCUUCACGGCCAUGUGGAGAACCCCUCAGUACGUUGUCGGCAUGUUCAUGUUGCAUAUUUUCACGGGCCUCUUCAACGCGUUCACAUUCUGGGAUUUGGGUAACAGCCAGAUUGAUUUCCAGUCCCGGCUGUUUUCCAGUUUUAUGACCUUGACGAUUUCUCCUCCCCUCAUCCAGCAGCUGCAGCCACGGUACUUGGAGGCCCGAAAAAUAUUCGAAUCGCGCGAGUCCAACGCGAAGAUAUACUCCUGGUUUGCUUUCGUUACUGGUGCCAUCCUCUCGGAGAUACCUUACCGCCUGGUUGCCGGUACACUGUACUGGGCGGCGUGGUAUUGGCCGCCGCAUUUUCCACGCGAUACCUAUACGUCUGCCAGCGUCUGGCUCUUCGUCAUGGUGUUUGAGUUGUUUUACCUUGGGUUCGGGCAAGCCAUUGCUUCCUUCUCGCCGAACGAACUCCUGGCUUCAUUGUUGGUACCCAUGUUUUUCCUGUUCGUUGUGAGCUUUUGCGGCGUUGUCGUGCCGUACAUUGCUUUACCCUACUUCUGGAAAUCGUGGAUGUAUUGGCUCACGCCGUUUCAUUACUUGCUGGAAGCUUUCCUCGGCCUUCUUACCCAUGGCAUUCCAGUCAAUUGCGAUAGCUCAGAACUUGCGAAGUUUUACCCUCCGCCCGGACAAACCUGCGAAAGCUAUGCCGGGCCGUAUAUCGCACAAGCGGGUGGAAAGCUCCAGAACACAUCUGACGGCACCUGUGGCUUUUGUCAAUAUGCAGAUGGCGAUCAAUUCGCGGCCAGCUUUAAUGUCUACCAUUCGCACACGUGGCGGAAUUUUGGGAUUUUCUGGGCGUACAUUGUGUUUAAUUUCUUUAUCGUGUACGUCUGCUCGUGGUUGUAUUUGCAGGGAGGACGGAAGAUCAAGGGAUUCUUCAGCCCGCAGGCUCGCAAGACGAAGAAGGAGAGUCGGAGGAAACAGGAAGGGGAGCAGGCCUGAGGGCGGCUAGACACGGGGCUAGGGGGAUUUUGACCAGUUCAGCGGAUGCGAUUGGCCUGUGCAAAUAUCGUCGAUUGCCGCAUCGGGCAGGGGUGCAGGAUGAUUGUGAUGGGAGGUGUGGGGAAGGCCGCGUGGGGAUGCAGGGGUGUUGGAUGGGCGCAAAUGCCAGGGCCCGAAUUACGCAGCGGGCGCGAAAAUGUAUCGGAAAGAAGGCUCUGGCCCCUGCAUUUUGUUGCAGCAGAAAGCGAAACACAUUUUCGGGGCAGGAGUAGAGGCGUGUA